AUGACUGGUCGGCUGCCGGCGGUCGUCAUCGACAACGGCACAGGCUACUCCAAGCUCGGCUACGCCUUCAACUCGGAGCCGCAGUUUAUCAUCCCCACCGCACUAGCCGUUCGGGAACAAGCCGGCCGCCAGGGGCUCGAGAAGGGCCGCAUAGACGACCUCGACUUUUUCAUUGGGGACGAGGCUCUGUCGCCGGCGGCUGCGACCUAUUCAUUAAAAUACCCGAUUCGCCAUGGUAUUGUCGAGGACUGGAACCUGAUGGAGCGCUUCUGGGAGCAGGCCAUCUUCAAAUACCUGAAGGCCGAGCCGGAGGAUCAUUACUUUCUACUGACCGAACCCCCGCUCAACACGCCCGAAAAUCGCGAGCUGACCGCCGAGAUCAUGUUCGAGACGUUCAACGUGCCCGGGUUGUACAUUGCUGUUCAGGCCGUUCUCGCCCUCGCCGCCUCAUGGCAGUCUCAAGACCUCGAAAAGCGCUCACUCACUGGCCUGGUAAUUGACUCUGGUGACGGUGUGACGCAUUGUAUCCCGGUUGCUGAGGGCUACGUCAUCGGCUCCUGCAUCAAGCACAUUCCAAUCGCAGGCCGUGACAUCACCUACUUCAUCCAGUCGCUGCUGCGUGACCGCGAGACGCAGAUCCCGCUCGAGCAGACGUUCGAGGUAGCCAAGGCGAUCAAGGAGCAGUACUGCUACGUGUGCCCCGACAUCCUCAAGGAGUUUACGAAGUACGAGACGGACGGCUCGAAGUUCAUCAAGACUUACACCAGCGUCAACAAGAUCAACAAGCAGCCGUUCACGUGCGACGUCGGCUUUGAGCGCUUCAUCGGGCCCGAGAUUUUCUUCCAUCCGGAGUUCUCCAACUCAGACUUCACGACCCCAAUCUCCGAGGUCAUCGACAAGGUCAUCCAGCAGUGCCCGAUCGACGUGCGCCGCGGCCUCUACGAGAAUAUCGUGCUCUCCGGCGGCAGCACCAUGUUCAAGGACUUUGGCCGCCGCCUCCAGCGCGACAUCAAGCGCAUGGCCGACGCGAGGAUUCAGAUGAGUGAAGCGCUGUCGGGCGGUGCCCUAAAGGCGAAACCCAUUGACGUCUCGGUGAUCUCGCACAAGAUGCAGCGGUACGCCGUCUGGUUUGGAGGCUCGAUGCUGGCUUCAACGGACACGCAAACGAUGGACCUCCCGAUCGUCACCUACAACGAGGAAGACUACGUCAAGACCAGCGUCGGAAAUUUGGUCUACAAGCGCGCCACCCUCUGCGGCUCCCAGAACAUUGUGCUAAAUGGCAAGUGCAUCCUGCAGAAGGAUUGCGUGUUCCGGGGAGACAUCGCCCCCAUCCGCAUCGGCAAAUACGUGAUCAUCGGAGAGGGAUCGGUGAUCCGCCCGGGUUCAAAGGUGCUGCAGGCUGCAGCGGCGUUCGUGCCCGUCCAAAUCCUCGACCACGUUUUUAUCGAAAAGGACUGUGUGAUCAUGGCCGCGCAGAUCGGCAUGUACUGCCACAUCGGCGCCGACUCGAUCAUCGGUCGCAACACGUGCCUGAAGGAGUGCUGCGAGGUGAAGCCCGGGUCGGUCGUGCUUCCAGACUCCGUCUUCCCGCCCUUCUCGCUGAUCGCCGGAAAUCCCGCAAAAGUCGUCGGCUGCACGGCCCCCUGCCAGGCUGACCUGAUGAUCGAGGCGACGAUGGACUACUACGAGAAUUUCGUCCCGUCGAAGAACAAAGCCGCGCUCGCG